AUGGCAGAUCAGACCUUGAAUAGCGGGCGUCACGACGGCUCUACAGAGGCGUGGCCAAGAUAUUGUCUUACUGUUCGUGGUUAUCGCUUGCCAAUCGAAAGUCCCCGAUCGCAACGGGAAGCUAUUUAUUCGAGGACUCCGUUACAUUCAGAAAUUAGCGGCAUAUCGACGGUUCAAGACACUGACUCGGAUUCGACAGUUCCAUGGUCGCCAAUACGAACAGAUGCGAAUUCCGAUCCCCUAGGCCCUAGAUUACUCGUUCAUAGCGAUGAGGGCGAUGAGAGCGAUGAGGACAAUGAUUCUUGCCCGUCAAUCUCUCUGCCUGUUAUUUUCGUCUCAAUCGCCGAUAAUUACGAUUGCAUCGUCACCGUAUUCUCUAAAUGCGAAACGACAAAGUUCCGGGUCUUAGAGAAGGUCCUAUGGGUUUCGUCACCAGUUCUUAAAAAUCUCAUCACAGAAGCCAAAACUCGGACAUCUGGCGCCGUUGACCCGAUUGAGACUGACGACAACGAGUCUUCGGAAAGCGAAAAUAGCGAUUCCAACACCUCUUUGACAUUGGAGGGCGACCCAAGUGCGUUCAAGAUCGUUUUUCAAGUAUUCCAUGGCCACUCCCAGGGUCAUGGCGAACAGCUGAAGAACAUAGAAUUUAAAGUUUUUACGCAGAUUGUGUGGUUAUGUGAAAAAUACGGGUGGCAUAAGGCACUUCGAAGGUGGACCCGGUUCUGGCGCAAAAAAUAUGAACCUCACGCGUUGGAGCCUGGAUAUGAAAACUGGCUGUAUAUUGCCGAUGUGUUAAAGAAGACAAAACACGUUGAAAAGCUCUCUACACUGCUGGGGAGGGAUUGCGGUAUCUUCCCAGCUGGAAGAUCCCCGGAGGGACCGGGCCAAGGGAGAUUCUUUUCAAGAAAUGGCCAAGUUGUGGAUGCAAGCCUCUGGCCACCUAUGACAUUUCUCCGGAUAUCAAGGAUUAGGGAUGGUAGAGUAAACCAUCUCAUCUUGCAUAUCAAAGCUCUCCUACUCCUGGUUGAAUAUCCCUCGAAAAGGUAUUCUACAGUCGCUCCGAGAAGUGGGUCUUACGAUGAUUACAUCGAAAGACAUGCAAUGGCACGGAUCUUUGGAGGAACUAGAGUGGAGGAUAACCCGAAUGCGAGUCUAUACGCAUUGUUCUAG